UGAAGUGGUCAGAGUCCGGAGAGCUAAGAGGUCACAGAGGGAAAGACCAGAAGCAAGAAAAACACCUUCACUCAGCCCUCCGCUGAGGCUGAACUGCCCCACAGAGAGGAUGAAGGCCUCUACGGCUGCCCCCUUCCUCCUCAUCCUCAUCCUCACCAUUGCUUCUGUUUCUCAGAGCCAGACAAAAAUAUUUGAGUCGGUGAGCCUCCCGCAGACCUGCUGUCUGAAGUAUCAGAAGAAAGUAUUACCACGGAAGCUGGUGGUCGGAUACAGAAAGGCCCUCAACUGUCACCUGCCAGCAGUCAUCUUCAUCACCAAAAAGAACCGAGAGAUAUGCACCAACCCCAGCAACGAAUGGGUCCAAGAUUACCUCAAGGAUCCCAACCUGCCUUUGCUUCCCCCCAGGAGGGGGGCCCAGUUAAACCCACCCACUCAUAGAAAGCUCUAGCCCAGCGCCUCAGCUCCUCACGACAACCGGGCCCCCAUGGGGGCCCGGGCUCAGGAAAGAGAGGUGACCCUAUGCAAAAGGAGGGCAGCGCUGCGGUCUGAAUGACAGAGUCCCAUUCAGAGAAACGAGCCAGCGAUCCAAAAAAUAAAGGUCUUUUAAAUAGUUUCUCGCUCUCUGGAGGAAAUGCCAAA